AUGUCUGACGACGAGUUCGCCUCGCCAGAUGUGUCGCGCGCACACCAUGACCCCAACCACACCCCAAACAGUCGCAAGGGACCCCGCUUCAGCUGGACACCGGCAUACGAGGCCACCUUUUUCCGCUCUCUGUGUGAAUCCGUUCAGCUCGGGCUCAAGGACAACCACAGCUUCAAGCAGGAGGCCUGGGAGCGGGCCGCUCAGGCACUCCAGGAACGCCACGGGGCAUACCCAAACAAGGGUCAUCUGAUCAACAAGAGCGACAAUGCCCGCAAGAAGUUCCGCCUGUGGCGCGGACUCAGAGAAGAUCCCGAGUUCCUCUAUAACCCCGCAACAAGAAUCGUCACUGCAAGUGAGGAGGCAUGGAGGGCGCAUAUCGAGGUAAGUUGCUUUCGUGCCAGAUUCAUCUGUGACUACCUGCUCGAGUGCCCCCUGUCUUCUGUAUUUGUAUGCGCUCUGCUAUAA